AUGACCAGUUCAGCCGCUUCUGUGUCUAUUGAGCAGUCGGACGUCUGCCGACCGGCCGAAAUAGAAGAGGGAAUUCAGUGCUUGAGUGAUCCGCCCGCCAGCUCCUACAAAGUCUGCGAGGGUGAAAGUGUGCUGAUGCGUUGCAAAGUGGCCAAUCAGAAGGGCAAAGCCCGAUGGAGGGCAAAAGACAUGCUUUUAGGUAAGUCACUGAGCCAAACCGGCCAAAAUGUGCUGACAGUUUGA